AUGUCAAAACCGGCACAAGCCAUCUCCACGGCCAUGGGCGUCGUCACCGCCGCCCAUAAGUGCAUGUCGACCGUCAAAGUCCGCGUCGCAAAACAAGUGUGGAACGCGCACCUGCGGAAGAACUACACACGCCAUACCUCCUACCUUUGCGACGACCACGCGCUCGCGUGCGUACCGGGGGACAUCGUCACGAUCGCCAGCGGCCUGCGCACGAGCAAGAGCAAGCGCCACGUGGUGGACGCGUUCGUGUCGGCUGUGCGCACGGGCGAGGAGCGAAAGCUGCCCGAGGGCGUAGAUGGAUGGGUUAAGCGCAGGGAGAUGAUGAAGCAGGAGAGUAAGAGGGUCGAGAGGAGGGCCGCCAGGGCGGAGCUUGCGGAGGCCGCGGCGAAGGUGAAGGACGCGGGGAAGGUGAAGGGCGCGGUGAAGGUGGAGGGCGCGGUGAAGGACGUGGCGGGCAAGCAGAAGGGCAUGGCGGGCAAGCAGAAGGUGCCGGUGGCGCAGAAAUAA